AAACGAACACUUCUCUCUUUCUCUAAUAAAACCUUCUCUCCAGAGAGAGACAGAGAAAGAGAGGAAGAAGAAGAUGAAAGAGAUGUAAAUUUUUCUGUUUUGUUCUGUAAAUAAAUGCUUCUUCCUUCCUCAUGGGACAACAAAAUAAAUAGGGGGAGAAAAAGAGGAAGUGCCGCAAACUGCACAGGAAAUAACAAAACGAAAAAGAAAAAAAACUGAUUUCUUUUUGUGCAGCCAUUGUCUCGAUCUUUCUUCUCCCUUUUCUGUCUUUUGUGUCGGUUCAAGAAUUGGGUUUUCCUUACAGUUGGAUUUGUUAGAGUUCAAAUUGAAUUUUGAGCUCUUUCUUUUGGGGAAAAAAAGAAAGAAAGUGCUUGAUUUUAUUUAGCUGAAGAGGUUUCCAAAUUGGCUUUCUGAUGUUCUGUGUCUCAUACUGAUGGGAAGCUGUCCCCACUCAUGACAAUUAUUGCACCAGCUUUCUGAAUUUAAACCCACAACCAAAAAAAAAACGAAUCUUGUUUUAGAUUUAUAUGACUGGUGUUGUUGAACUGUUUCAUUCCCAAUUUUGGCCUUUGGAGAAAAAAGUUACAAAAGCAACUUUCUCUUGGUGGGUUGGAAGUUAAUCAGCUCUUUGAAUUGAAUUGAGUGUUCAUUUGGUUUAUUAGAAAGGUUUGGGUGGUUUGCAUGUAUGUUGUGUAUUAGGUUUGCAUAAUCUUGAAUCAUAUUUUGUUGUUUAAAGAAGAUGGCUUCAGCGUUAGGGAUGGGAAUAGAUGAAGGAAGUGGGGAUGAAACUAAAGGAGGGAUGUGGGAAUUAGACCAAAAGAUUGAUCAGCCUAUGGAUGAGGAGGCUGGUAGACUCAAAAAUAUGUAUAGAGAAAAGAAAUUCUCGGCAUUGUUGCUUCUGCGGCUUGCUUUUCAGAGUCUAGGUGUGGUUUAUGGAGACUUGGGAACUUCUCCUUUGUAUGUGUUCUACAAUACAUUUCCCCAUGGAAUUGAUGAUACAGAGGAUGUCAUUGGCGCCCUUUCAUUAAUUAUAUAUUCCCUCACACUUAUCCCUCUCCUCAAGUAUGUUUUUAUUGUUUGUAGAGCGAAUGACAAUGGCCAAGGCGGGACUUUUGCUCUUUAUUCUUUACUAUGUCGCCAUGCUAAGAUAAAGACAAUUCCCAACCAACAUCGGACAGAUGAGGAGCUGACAACUUAUAGCCGUAGCACAUUCCAUGAGCAUUCAUUUGCUGCAAAAACAAAACGAUGGUUGGAGGCAUAUUCAUUCAGGAAGAAUGCACUUCUUAUUAUUGUAAUUGUUGGCACUUGCACGGUAAUAGGUGAUGGAAUUCUCACUCCGGCUAUAUCAGUUCUUUCAGCUACUGGUGGGAUCAAGGUGGAUCAUCCAAAGAUGAGUAAUGACGUAGUGGUGGUUGUUGCAGUCAUUAUAUUGGUUGGUCUGUUUAGCUUACAACACUAUGGCACAGACAGGGUUGGUUGGCUGUUUGCUCCCAUUGUGCUGCUUUGGUUUCUAUUAGUAGGAGGUAUCGGCAUCUUCAACAUCUGGAAGUACGAUAGCUCUGUUUUGAGGGCUUUUUCUCCUGUGUACAUAUAUAGGUAUUUUAGGAGGAGAAAGAAAGAGGGUUGGACAUCUCUGGGAGGAAUAAUGCUCAGCAUUACAGGGACAGAGGCACUUUUUGCUGAUCUUGCUCAUUUUCCAGUGUCAGCAAUACAGCUUGCUUUCACAGUCAUUGUUUUCCCAUGCCUUCUUUUAACCUAUACGGGGCAAGCAGCAUACCUCAUGCAAAAUAAGGAACAUGUUGUCGAUGCAUUCUACCGUUCUAUUCCAGAAAGCAUAUACUGGCCAGUUUUUGUCAUUGCAACUUUAGCUGCUAUCGUUGCAAGUCAAGCAACCAUUUCUGCUACAUUUUCAAUAAUCAAGCAAGCUCUGGCACUAGGCUGUUUUCCAAGAGUUAAGGUUGUACAUACGUCAAAGAAGUUCCUUGGGCAGAUUUAUAUUCCUGAUAUAAAUUGGAUACUUAUGAUUCUUUGCAUCGGUGUCACUGCUGGAUUCAGAAAUCAAAGUCAAAUUGGCAACGCAUACGGAACGGCAGUCGUGAUAGUCAUGUUGGUGACCACGCUCCUCAUGACCUUGAUAAUGUUACUAGUUUGGCGCUGCCAUUGGGUUCUUGUCCUUAUCUUCACUGUCUUAUCUGUGGUGGUUGAAUGUACCUACUUCUCUUCUGUGUUAUUUAAAGUUGAUCAGGGUGGUUGGGUUCCGCUUGUGAUUGCUGCAGCUUUUCUUGUCAUCAUGUAUGUCUGGCAUUAUGGAACUGUGAAACGAUAUGCAUUUGAGAUGCACAGCAAGGUGUCAAUGGCAUGGAUUCUUGGGCUCGGCCCCAGUUUAGGACUUGUACGUGUACCGGGGAUAGGACUUGUCUACACCGAGCUGGCUAGUGGGGUGCCACACAUCUUUUCUCACUUCAUUACAAAUCUGCCAGCUAUACAUUCAGUUGUGGUAUUUGUCUGUGUGAAGUAUCUUCCAGUUUACACAGUUCCUGAAGAUGAGAGGUUCCUCGUGAAACGCAUAGGACCCAAGUCUUUUCACAUGUUCCGCUGUGUUGCAAGGUAUGGUUACAAAGACCUCCAUAAGAAAGAUGAGGAGUUCGAGAGAAAGCUAUUUGAUAACCUCUUCCUUUUUGUUCGGCUGGAGAAUAUGAUGGAAGGCUGCUCUGACUCCGAUGAAUACAGCUUAUACGGACAGCAAACACAGAAUUCAAUGGAUUAUUUAGUGCGAAAUAACGGCAACUCAACUACAGGAAAUAAUGACUUUACAUGUUCGACGGUGGAAUCAAUAGUACCUGUGAAAUCUCCCACUCAAGGAAGCAAUACAGUCACAUCAUCGUUGGGCCGUGAGAGCAGCCAGGCAGAAGUGGACGAAAUGGAAUUCUUAAAUCGUUGUCGAGAUGCUGGGGUUGUACACAUUCUUGGAAACACUGUAGUUAGAGCAAGGAGAGACUCUAGGUUCUAUAAGAAAAUUGCUAUUGACUAUAUAUAUGCGUUUCUUAGGAGAAUAUGCAGGGAAAAUAGUGUGAUCUUCAACGUACCUCAUGAGAGCCUCUUGAACGUUGGACAAAUUUUCUCUGUAUAAAAUUUUUCGCAAAUGAUCAAUCGAAGAUAUUAUUGACUUGUAUAGUCAUCAGUUGGCUA